CUUGAAAACUAUGUGUAAUGCGUACGUGAUGUAUAUAUAUAUAUAUAGUGCAGUGACGUAAUCCGCCUGAAGCGCCCUCGACUAUUUUAGCCUUUUUUAGGAUGAAAAGAAUCAUGUAUUUUAUCCUUGUAAACAGAAAAUAUUGACCAAGAAAAACGAAGACGAAAAAUUUAAGAAAUCGAAUUGAAUAUCGAACGGUAGUGCACAAAAUACAACCAUCCGAGUCUGACAACCUGAAUGAAGUGCAUGCAUGUACCGGUAGCAGCGUAACACUAACAGCGAAAGCAACUCGACACAAAACCAAGCCCAAACCAACGGCAGGCCAAGCAAGCCAGGUACCGGUAAGACCGCGACUUGGCUGAGCUGAGCUGAGAUCAAGAGCGAGCUAGACCCACACAGUCAUACGGUAUUGUUUUGCAUUCAUAAUUGCCAAGAUAGGACAGGAACAUGAUUGAAUGGACAAUGUUAUCUGCCGCAUUUCUUCCCUCUUUACUCCUCUUGCAAGUUGUGACAAUUUCACAAGGUCAGAAUAUACGUUUGCAAGAUGGUGGUCCAACCUAUGGAAGAUUGGAGAUUUUGUACAAUGGAGAAUGGGGCACAGUUUGUGAUGACAACUUUGGGUUGGAGGAUGCACAGGUGGCUUGCCGCGAGCUUGGGUUAGACUCGCUUUUGACGAGCGUUUACGGAGGCAGUAGAUACGGGCCAGGGACGGGACAAAUCUGGUUGGAUGAAGUGGAAUGUACUGGUUCAGAGUCGAGGUUGGCUAGCUGUUCCCACAAUGACUAUGGUUCCCAUGAUUGUUCUCAUUCAGAGGAUGUUGGCAUCGUCUGUGGAUCAACUACAGAUUCCGUGAUUGGAGGUGAAUUACGUCUGGUAAAUGGAGAUUCUAAUUACGGAAGACUGGAAAUCUCUGUGAACGGUGUCUGGGGUACCGUCUGUGAUGAUAGCUUUGACAGCUCAGAUGCAAGGGUUGCCUGCCGUCAGCUUGGCUUGGACACAUCGACAGUAGACUACUAUACGAGUUCAAGAUUUGGUGAAGGAACUGGGUCUAUUUGGUUGGAUGAAUUAGGUUGCCUUGGUACAGAAACAACCCUGGACAGCUGUUAUCACAGUGUCUUUGGUGUUCAUGAUUGCACCCAUGCAGAAGAUGUUGGCAUUUCGUGUGGAACAACAAAUGUAGGAGGAAGUUCUGGAGGCUUGUCUGGUGUGGGAAGUUGGAUAGGGGGUGCCAUCUUCAUCAUUGUCAUAUGUGUGGUAGCAAUACUGUUCAGACGAAGACGAAUGUACGCAAUGCGCCAACGUCAAACUACGAGGUUUGUCCAGCCACCUACUACUACCACAGUCCAUGUCACCACCAACCCCAGUGCCCCGGGGAACACACCUAUGCCUACCUACCACCACGCUCCAGCGCCGCAGCAGCAACCUGGCGAACCGCGCCCGUACCCCACACAGACAUUCACACCUACUUACCCGGCGGCGGCGGCGGCUGGAGGUGCUCCACCGGCAAACCCAUACCCUGUUCAGGCUUUCCCACCCACCACACAGUAUCCAGCACAGCCUCCAUCAGAUACCAACCCCUACCCUCCUCCGCAGGGAGCCGGGACUGCCGGUUACCCUCCUCAGCCAACAGCAUCUGCCUACCCGCCCCCAUCGGCAUCAAGUGCUCCAGCCUACCCGCCCCCAUCGGCAGCAAGUGCUCCAGCCUACCCGCCCCCAUCGGCAGCUAGUGCUCCAGCCUAUCCGCCCCCAUCAGCAGCAAGUGCUCCAGCCUACCCACCCCCAUCUACAAGAGAUGCAUCGGCCUAUCCUCCCCAACAACCUUAUGAUGCAUCAGCUGCAUACCCCCCAAGCAAUAAUACUCCCGUGGGAGACCUUCCCCCUCCGCCUUCUUAUGAAGACAUCGUCAAGCAGUAACUUCCGGGUUAAUUAAAAUUCUGCAAUGUACGCCUCCAGCACAGCCUCCAUCAGAUACCAAUCCCUACCCUCCUCCGCAGGGAGCCGGGACUGCCGGUUACCCUCCUCAGCCAACAGCACCUGCCUACCCACCCCCAUCGGCAUCAAGUGCUCCAGCCUACCCGCCCCCAUCGGCAGCAAGUGCUCCAGCCUACCCGCCCCCAUCGGCAGCUAGUGCUCCAGCCUAUCCGCCCCCAUCAGCAGCAAGUGCUCCAGCCUACCCACCCCCAUCUACAGGAGAUGCAUCGGCCUAUCCUCCCCAACAACCUUAUGAUGCAUCAGCUGCAUACCCCCCAAGCAAUAAUACUCCCGUGGGAGACCUUCCCCCUCCGCCUUCUUAUGAAGACAUUGUCAAGCAGUAACUUCCGGGUUAAUUAAAAUUCUGCAAUGUACGCCUCCAGCACAGCCUCCAUCAGAUACCAAUCCCUACCCUCCUCCGCAGGGAGCCGGGACUGCCGGUUACCCUCCUCAGCCAACAGCACCUGCCUACCCACCCCCAUCGGCAUCAAGUGCUCCAGCCUACCCGCCCCCAUCGGCAGCAAGUGCUCCAGCCUACCCGCCCCCAUCGGCAGCUAGUGCUCCAGCCUAUCCGCCCCCAUCAGCAGCAAGUGCUCCAGCCUACCCACCCCCAUCUACAGGAGAUGCAUCGGCCUAUCCUCCCCAACAACCUUAUGAUGCAUCAGCUGCAUACCCCCCAAGCAAUAAUACUCCCGUGGGAGACCUUCCCCCUCCGCCUUCUUAUGAAGACAUCGUCAAGCAGUAACUUCCGUGUUAACUAAAAUUCUGCAAUUAUCUUAGCUCUCAACUUUUUCAUCCAGAUGAAUUGUGGUAUAAUUUACAUCAGAAAUUUCAGGGUGAAGUGUAAGAUGUGACAUUUUAAAAUGCUUACUGUGUGCAAGAAAUAUGUCAAAGCACAUGUAUGCAGAUUCCACUUCCAGUCGCAUUAUAAUUUUUGACGCGUCGUUUUUAAUACUUGGUGCUGUCAGUUUUACAGGGGUGAGUCUUUCUUUCAAGUUUAUACUGUCAAUUUAUCUUGACAACUGAGGCUUUAAUACAAUACAUACAGAAAGUUUUGUGUUCAUGUAUAUUGUGGACACCAUGAUGUCCCAAAAAUCGGUCAGUCGCAUUACACAAAAAGGACAUGGAAAAAAAAGUGACUGAUUACUGUUUAAUUGUUCUUUCAAAUCAAAACACUUUUACCAAUUUCAAUACCUGCAAAACAUUACUUACAUAAUUAUAGAAGUCUCAAAUAUUAAAGACAUUUGAAUUUGGGAAGCAACUUCCAGUUUCUUUUGUGGAUACAAAACUUCGGUCAGUCACAUUAUGGUUAGUCGCAUUACACUUUGUCCGGCACUACAAUUUCAACAUUUUUUAAACCCUUCCCGCAUCUUAUGUUUGAAAAUUUUCUUCUAAUAUGAUGUAAAAUGAUGACCUUCAGAUUAUCCAAUUGAAAAUUUUACAAAACAAAUAAUAGUUUUAUGUUAAAUUGAAAUUAAGGAAAAUGAAAUAUAUGUAGUCCCAUGUAUAUAAUUGUUUGUAUGGUUCGGAUUCUCCUAUAAGGAGAUGCGUAAGAAAAGGAAAUUUAAGGCCGAUUACUAUCACCCUUUGUAUUUACAAACUUCCAUAUGAGUUUUAAUUAAAAAUUUUGAUCCAGAUUUGAAAAAGAGCCAAUAUAAUUGUCCGCAUUUGCUUGGAAUCGCCCAUCUAAUGGCAUUAUUCUAGUGUAUGGCAUUAACUCAAUAUCAUUCUAGAUGCUCUCAUUUACAAUGCAACUGACAAAACAGGCACUUUAAGAAUAGUAUUGUCCAAAGAACCAACAAAAUCUACAAGAUCGGAUGUGAUAUGAUGUAAUUGUUUGUAUUCUUUAAGAGUACCUCAGGGAAACGUGUGUCCUUAUGUUUUAUCACUUUUUAUACAGGUAAUCACAAACACUUCAGUAGAAGAAGACAUAUAUGUUAGGCAAUCUCUAUUUUAGUCAUUAACAUGGUUUCCUAUUGGAAAGAAAUCUUGAGGUAGUGGAAUUUGAAAAUCGAAUAAAGAUUAUUUUGAUUGCGCUUUCAAAAUUUACUGAACAAACUGGCACAGCCAACACUAGACAUGGACUUCUACAAAAACGCUAACCACCUGUUCAUGACAUUUUUUUUUGUAACACAAUAAAAACAAAGGUACUUGUACUGAAUCUAAAAUUUCACUGAACAUUCUGUCUCAAUAAAUAUGUUCUGCAAUGUCCGAUUCAUUUUCUCUUCACAAUGAAAAGAUGAUUUCUUCAUUGUUGGGGAUUCAUCACUGGUAAUACAAGGUUAAAAGUGUGUUUAUUCUGAAGAUUGUUAAAUAAACUGCCAUCAUCCAUGUGGCUAUGUCAAAGGAUGAUCAGAGAAGAGA